GUACGUCCUGUGUCUCUGCAGGCAAUCCGUAUCCACCGAAUCUUCCAGGGCGGAAAGAAAUCUACAACCAAGGUCCGCUUCAUCAGCCCCAAGUCACAGUUACUGUUUGCCUGGAUUCUCAUACUAGUCCAGGUCGUUCUCUGUAUCAUUAUGACAGUCCUCUACAAGCCCUCAGCGGUCUACGUGCACAUCGUCAAGACAGAAAAUUACGUUGAGCUGAGCUGUGAUUGGACAAUCCCUGGCCUGGCCUCCUUCCUGUCCUACAACCUCGUUCUGGUGGGGCUGUGUAGCGUGUUCGCCUUCAAGACUCGCAAACUUCCAGACAAUUUUAACGAAUCCCGGUUCAUCAGUCUGUGUGUCUACACCACGCUCAUCAUCUGGAUGGCCUUUGUGCCUACCUACUUCACAGCCAAUAGACAGUACCUGAAGACACUCCUCCUCUCCCUCUCCCUCAUCGUCAACCACACCGUAGCCGUCAUCUUCCUCUUCCUCCCCAAAAUCUACGCUGCUGUCCACCUCAUCCCCACCACCAGCAUCGGCAGGGCAGCUCACAGCAGCAACAACGAAGACCAGAACAACCCCAACUACCACAACUACCACCGCGACGGCAUCACCACUUUCAACACCAGCAACAGCACCAGACUCACCAUGGGCGUAUCGGGAAACCUCACUGUCCCCGGAAGUGGAAGCGUGAUCGCGUCACAGACUGUUGGCCACGCCUUUCAAGAAACCCAGCCCCACGCCAGAAAUGCCAAUGGAGGAUCGGGCAGUAAUUUGAAUACAUUGACUACGAUCAAUGUGAGAGAUAUCGUUCCCUCGGACAUCCCAGGAUCCCAUGCGUGACACACUGUUAACAUAGAGUUGCACACUUUUAAACAUCGAGUGACACACGUCUAACAUAGAGUGAUGACACACUUUUGAAAUAGGAUGAAACACUUUUAACAUAGAUUGGUACAUUUUUUAACAUCGUGUGACACACUUUUAACAUAGAGUGAUGACACACUAUUGGAAUAGAGUGAAACAUUUUUAACAUUGAGUGAUAACACACUUUUCACAUCAAUUGGCAUACCUUUUACAUAGAGCGACACACUUUUAACUCGGAGUGACAAACGUUUAACAUUGAGUGUCAUGCUUUAACAUGAGUGACACACCGUUAAUAUCAACACCGCGUGACACACUUUAAUCAUUGAGUGACACACCUAUAAUAUCAACACCGAGUGACACACUUUUAGCUCACUGAGACGCGCAUUUUGAUCAUUCAACAACGCUUGAAGACGCGCUGUUUUUGGGGCACUUUAAACAA